AUGGACAGGACCAUCUUUUUUGAGAAUAUUUAUGCAGGCUGUGACAUCUACGUCAAAGUGGAAGGUUCUUCUUUUAUGGGGGACAUCCAGAACAUCGGGGCCUACUGCUGGGGCAGGAUCAGAUCUGCUACCAACCCCAACUUACUGAAGGCCCUCUUGGAUUGGAGAUCUAUAAGAAACUUCUACCAAUAUGCCACCCAUAUUAUUUUUAGAAGUGGCGGGACUUUGCCAGUUCCCUCCCUCUUUUGGGGCCGCAGAGAGCGGGCGAGGGGUGGCAAAGAACGCACACACCCUUUCCUCCCCACUUGGCUGUUCGCGCAGUCCCGAGUGGGAAGGGAUCGACGACCGACCCCGAUCGUGGCCAAUCUUGCCGCAGUUUGUUGCGGAGCAGUGUGCCCCGGCGGCGACGGGACCAUGGACUCGGCGGGCCCGGAGGAAUUCGACCUGAACGGGGAGGUGGGGGCUGUCGAGAGGCUUCCUUCCCGCUGGAGGUUGGGAGGCCGCCUGAUCAAUGUGAACCAUUAUGCCAACAAGAAGAGCGCAGCAGAGAGCAUGUUGGACAUUGCCUUGUUGAUGGCCAAUGCAUCCCAACUGAAGGCAGUGAUAGAGCAAGGACCAUCCUUCUCAUUCUUCACCCCACUUAUCGUCCUCAUCAGCAUCUCUCUGGUUCUCCAGGUGGGAGUGGGGGUGCUUCUAAUAUUCCUUGGCCAUCUCCACCUGGAUGACCAACUGACAUCUUUAACUCAAGCGGGAAGGAGCUCACAUGCCACCCAGCUCUGCCUCCCCACGGCCCCAAGCCACCCAAUCAGCUCCCACGUUCACCUGGGUCAAGAAGAGAGAAACUCACCUGUUGCAGGAGCGAUAUCCAGAACAGGAGGACACUUUUCUGGGCUACCUCACCGUCCAGGAGACCCUGAUGUACACAGUGCAGCUGGCCAUCGGCACCGGCUCCCCUGACUUCUUCUACAGGAAGAUAGAAUCAGGGAUGGUGGAGCUGAGCCUCAGCCACGUGGAGAUCCAGAAGAUGCAGAAGAGAUGGAUGGAACCGUGUCCCUUACUGCUCCAAGUUGUCUUCCAAAAAUGCC